UGUGAAAAAAUAAUUAUAAAAAAAUGUUUUUAUUUACUUUUAGCUUAAGAGUCGGAGUUACUAGUGAAUAUAAAUAUGAGGUUUGUUUUGCAGAGAAAGAAACAUCAAUCAAUAAUAACAAAUGAAGCAAGCAAUUGUGAUUACUAAUGUGGACUCUUUACUCGGAUAUGCACUUGCCUAUCGUUUUUUGGAAGACUGGAAUCGAUCAAGUGAUAAGGACAAGACAGAAUUUCGUUUGGCGUGCUGUAAAAAUGAAGGCUUGCACGAUUUGGAACGCUUAGGAGGUCAAAUCUAUGAGAUGGGAGACUACGGAGAUGAAGACGCUAUGCAUCAUUUGAUGAAGAACGUGAUUUAUGUUCUCUUUGUGCCUACCAAUACAGAAAAUCGUAUGAAGGAAGGAGAGGCCGUCUUGAAAUCUGCACACAAGGAAAAGGUGGAUUAUUUGGCAAUGUUCUCAUUUUUGGGCUUAGAUGGCUUGGAAGGCUUGGAAGAAAACAAGAUGAAGCAUUUAAAUCAGAUGCUUCAGUUGGAAAAGAAAGUACCCGAUUACUUUGACAAGAAGAGUUAUUGCAUCAUUCAAUCCGCUAUGUGGAGCCAAUUCUUUUACUUUUUUGGGCCAAUGAUUGAAGAUCUUAAUGAGAUUCGACUGACUGUUCAUAAGAAGACCAAAUGGGGUACGGUUGAUUUAGGAGAUUUAGUUGAUGCAGUCUAUAAUUUAUCAGACCCUAGUGGAGUUGAGCAGACAGGAAAAGAGAGUUUAGGCCAAUUGUACGUUUCCAACCUAAAGAAAAAGAAUUGCACCUUAUUCCAAUUCACGCCACGUCAUAACUUCUCAGCUGAGCAACUUGUUCAUGAUGCUAGUCAAGGUCUGGAGCGUAGUGAGGAUAUGACGUACGAAAAGACAGAUGCUAGCAGAUUGAAGGAAUAUUUGCGUGGCAUUCAGAAUGAUAAUCGCUUUAGGGAAAGACCUCAUCAUCAUACUAUGGAUCGUCCUUAUACUUUCCCACUAGGCCGUUACCUGAAGGAAGGCGUGAUUGAAACGUUGAUGGAAUAUUUGGAUUUCAUUGACAAGGGAAAAGCUGAUAUCGAGACUAAUCAAUUAGCUGAUGCUCUCGGUCGUGAUCCUCAGGAUGUACGUCACUUUUUCAAAGACAACAGAGAUCAAUUCCGCCAUCUUCGUUAAAGUUUCUUUCGUGCCCUACCACGCCUCCUUUUUCAAGCACAUUAAACCCCCUUUU